AAAUUCAGUACGCCCGCCAAAGGUAAACUUCCGUUUCCGGUCAAGUUCUAUCAUUUAACAGCCAAUGAGAACUCUUGCUCGUGGUUAGCACAUCGAUUUGAAAGAACCCAUCAUAAUGUUUACGUCCAUUUCUAACUUUGUGGGUAAAUUUCGUCGUUUUUCUCGGCGAUGUUGUCUUAUUAAUCUCACUGGGAGAUGCAUAGCUUCGUCUAGUGUAAACAACAACCGUUCUGAGAGGAAUUCUGUGGUAUUUUUGAGAGCAAGAGAAUAUAAAGACCGAGUUGCGAUCGUUGAUUCGAAUGGAAGCCACUCUUACGAGCGUAUUCUAUUCUUGAGUCAAGCAAUUGGGAAUAGCAUCUUACAGAGGAUCAGAGGAAGAGACCUUUCUGGCCGCUGUGUUGCUUUUCUCUGUCCAAACGACGUUUCGUACGUAGCUACGCAAUGGGCGAUCUGGAGAAAUGGCGGCAUUGCAGUUCCUCUCUGCAAUUCUCAUCCUACAAGCAUGUACGAUUACAUGAUACAAGACUGUAACGCCGAUUUAGUCAUAUCGUCCAGUGAUUAUGCGCCUAAACUGGAACCACUAGCUAGGGGACAAGAAGUCACUAUUAUGUUUUUGACAGAUGUCGAUCAAGUCUUAACGUCUGCUAAUCAGAUGUUGUCAAGUGAAGAGCUCACUGCAGUGGAAAUGACAGAGCAAUGCUGGGAUGAGCGUGAUGCAAUGAUUGUGUAUACAAGUGGAACCACAGGACAGCCAAAAGGUGUUUUGUCCACUCAUGGAAAUUUGAGAUCACAGAUUACUGCUUUAGUCAAAGCAUGGGAAUGGAAGGCAGCUGACUAUAUUAUCCACUGUCUUCCACUUCAUCAUGUCCAUGGCAUAGUAAACGUCCUUCUUUGCCCUUUGUGGGUUGGAGCCACAUGUCACAUGUUACCAAAAUUUAUGCCUGACAAGGUGUGGGAUAUCCUAACCAGAGAUGAGCCACACCCAUCUUUAUUCAUGGCUGUUCCAACAAUUUACAGCAAACUGAUAGAGCACUAUGGAAAAGAGAACCUGACAAAAGAAGAGAAGGAGAAAAUAAGAUUUAGAUGUGAACAACUCAGAUUAAUGGUGUCUGGUUCAGCCGCUCUCCCUGAGCCUGUCAUGAAAAGAUGGAAGGAAAUAACAGGACAUACACUGUUAGAAAGAUACGGAAUGACAGAGAUUGGCAUGGCUCUAUCGAACCCUCUGCGUGGACCAAGAUUAGCGGGCUCUGUGGGAACCCCUUUACCUGGAACAGAAGUUCGGGUUGUCACAGAGAACGUGGAUGGUGAAAAAGAGGUUAUAGCUGAAGGGAACGAACAUGGAUCUCAUGUUUCGUCUUUCAACGAAGGCCGAGAAGGAGAGUUUCAAGUUCGUGGACCAUCAGUGUUUAAAUGUUACUGGAAUAAACCCGAUGCUACAAGAGAAACCUUUACAGAGGACGGCUGGUUUAAAACAGGCGACACUGCUGCUUAUGCAAAUGGAGUGUACAGCAUUCUGGGAAGGACGUCGGUAGAUAUCAUUAAAAGUGGAGGAUACAAGAUCAGUGCUCUUGAAGUUGAGCGACAUCUCUUAUCACACAAUGACAUUGUAGACUGUGCUGUGUUGGGCAAACCUGAUCCCGUGUGGGGAGAGCGUGUGGCUGCAAUUGUCACGCUGAGCCCUGGCAAGAAAUUGAGUCUUGAGGACUUGAAACGAUGGUCCAGCGGUUUCAUGGUUCCGUACCAGAUUCCCUCGGUCUUGUUGGUGGUCGAGGAGUUGCCACGGAACACUAUGGGAAAAGUGAAUAAAAAAGAAUUAAGAACAGUGUACUUUGGUAAGGAAUGAUAGGAAACAUGAAUGAAACUCGAUUUAGUUGAGCUUUAAGAACAAGAAUAUUUGAGACGAUUAGAAACUGAAGCUCUGAAUAUACAGUAAACGGUUUGGUCAUGAACUUGUGUUGGUUGGUCAUCCAAGUGAGAGUAGUCCUGGGCAGGACUGUUGCCGGCGAUGCUUACUGCUGACCUUUUGACA